GACGCUGACGCAUACACGGUGCCUGAGCAACACCGGUGGUUCACGCCGGUGGUGCCCAAGUCGGCCCAGUCCCCGUAGAAUCGAUUGCGCGCAAUCGAAUUCGCGAGUCGUCCGGAUUACAACGAGCGAAGCCGGAGAUAUAUUAGCCGAUGAAGAAGUAAACAAGAUAGUUAAAAAUAAAAUUUGGAAUAAAAUCUAUUAAUUGGAACAAGUGCGCUCCUGCGAAUGAUAACAAAUGGGAUCAGCUUCCUUUCGAAGAAAAGAACGUCAAGAACUCUAUGAAAAUCGGUUGAAAACUUAGCGAAAUGAAGUUCCUGCGAGAAAAUUAAAGAAAAACAAUUAUAUAACAGAACGGAGAAGAAAAGAAAAUAUUUGAUUAAUAUCGGAUCGAUAGAUUAAUUGAUAUCAAAUCAAAUUUGUACUAGUCAACUAUCAUCAAAGAAGACUGACGACCGAGAAGAAAAUUGUUGCAUGCCUUGAAACAGUCAUAUAAUCAAUUCUCAGUUUAACAUAUCAUGAAGUGACUUUUAAUCGCCUCUUACGAGGACAUAGGCAAAGACGCAUUGAAGAGGAAAGCUGUUGUUGAAUUGAAAAUUCCUGUCAUAUUCUUCAGUCAACAAAAGUCAACAGAUUUCUCUCUCACUCUUUGAUUAUCUGGUUCGAUGACAAACUUAUGGCUAGUUCAAGAUAAGAAUAGCUAACGAGCGGCCUUCGAGGUCAGGUCGAGGCCGAAUGGAAUCGCUAGAUCAGAGCUUCGACACCUUCGGCACGGCUGGCAUAAUGGACGGCACGGACACGUGGUUGCCGCGUAUCAUGGACAAUGCCACGCAUAGCACUAUUGUCGACGCGGAAUUAUCGAGAUUUCCAAAGCCCUUGAGAACCUUUGCAGCGGUAGUGGCAAUCAUCAUCAUGAUUAUCGGUUUAGCCGGUAAUCUACUAACGAUCGUGGCGUUAUGUAAAUAUCCUAAAGUUCGCAAUGUUGCAGCGGCCUUUAUUAUAAGCUUAUGCAUCGCGGACUUUGUGUUCUGUCUGCUGGUGCUGCCGUUCGAUUCAAUCAGAUUCAUCAACGCCAGUUGGGCAGACAUUCGAUUCUUCUGCAUUUUUGUACCCUUUUUGCGGUACGGAAAUGUCGGGGUCAGUCUCCUGUCUGUCGCAGCAAUCACUAUUAAUAGGUAUAUUAUGAUAGCGCAUCACGAUAUUUAUAGCAAGGUUUACACGAAGUAUUGGAUAGCCACAAUGAUAAUCUUUUGCUGGAUCUUCUCUUAUGGGAUGCAGAUACCUACGCUGGCAGGAGUGUGGGGUAAAUUCGAUUACGAUUCCAAUUUGGAGACCUGCUCCAUCGUCAAGGAUCGUCGUGGUUACACUUCUAAGACAUUCCUUUUCGUUAUGGGAUUUCUGAUACCCUGCUUAGUGAUUGUUGGCUGUUACGCUAAGAUAUUUUGGGUGGUGCACAAAUCAGAAUCGCGAUUGCGAAAACAUGCUGGACCGACGAUAAAGUCACCUCAUACGCCCGGAAGGGAUAUCAGGGAACUCAAACAGAAGCGCAGCGAAUGGAGACUCACAAAGAUGGUAUUAGUAAUCUUUCUCAGCUUCCUCGCGUGCUAUUUACCAAUCACCAUUGUCAAGGUGGCCGAUGCGGAAGUCAGAUGUCCCGAGUGUCACAUUCUGGGAUACUUGCUAUUGUACUUCGCUUCAUGCGUGAAUCCAAUCAUCUACGUGAUCAUGAAUAAGCAGUACAGGCAAGCGUACGCCGGUGUGAUCGGCUGCAAAUGGAUAAGGGCGACCUUAACGCCGUACGGCAGCAGUGCGCCGGGUGGUGCCGGCGGUCUCCAGGCCCAUCAGCAUGACUACGUCCAAGACUACUCAAAGGACUUCAGCAAAACGAUGGUAUCGACGGUCUCUAUCGCUAUGAAUCCCGUGAGAAGUUCGCAAUUCCAGGAGGAGCUGUGAGGCGAACGUCGAGAAAAAUGGAAAAAGACAAAAGACGUUUCCCGUUUCAAAAGGAAAAAAUGGAAGAUGAGAAGAAAAAGAAAUAAAUUGUUAUUGAUAACCGUGCAAUAGUUAUCAAGUUAGUUCGCAUAAUUUUUUUUACCUCGUAAUAUAAUAAGAAAAUAAAAUAAUUCAUAAAUUAUUUUUUCGUUAAAGAGUGAAAUAAUACGAAUGUCGAAUAUGUUGCGUAGGUUUUUAAUUUUUGAGACAUUCGAGGAAUAGUUAUACUUUCUACUGGA